AUGUUUCGUUCUCGCAAGUUCGUUGAUGUGCCGUCUAAGCGUGUGGGUGCGGGGCUACUGUCAACAGAUACUCGCAAACGCCAGCGCCUCGAACAAUGGGAUGCGCUAUAUACGCCGCAAGUAGGGAAUAAUGUGGACAUGGAAGAAAGCGCAUCGCUAUUGAUGGACACACACUGUUGUACUAUCAUUGAGGACGCUCGUCUACCACCUCCACUACUGCAAGAAUUACUUGACGAAUGGCCACAAUUGCCAUUGCACCAGCGUUACCAGAUACGCUGCUGCCGCGUUCCAAUACCUUCAGCGCGUCACCGCAGUGGUCACCGAUGGGUCUCCUACUAUGUCUUCCCAUUGCGCACUAAGGUUCUUAUAUGGCAACAAGACAACGGCAAAGUCAUUGCACUACAAUUUCCAGAUGAGAUAAAACCAAAUGAAGUGCUUUACCCGCUUCUUUUCACGGUUUACAGCCAAAGUCUCAGCCUCAUGAUUGUAGGCAAGAGUGGCAUUGUGCUCUUUUGGGAAGAUAUUACACUCCCAUAUAAAAGCGUACCACUAAGUGUGCAAAUCCCCCUUGGCGCGAAUGAAAACGUGAGUUCACACCCCACUACAGCUACGAUGAAAAUUCAAGGUGGCGAGGAUUAUGAGGAUACAACUAGACUCAUGUGCUGGAGUAAUGAAGGCAAUGUGUGGGAGAUCGCAGUUGAAGAUCGACGAAUUCGAGUCCGGGCUUUUGAAAAACAAAGUGCUGGAUUCUUUUCUGGUCUCACUAAGUCUGUAUCACAGUUCUUCUUUUCAUCCACUACUUCAAAGUCUGAAGCUGGUGAAGACGAUUUAAAUGUGGAUCAACCUAUAUUGUAUUUGAGAGUGUUGCCACCAUCAAUUAAAGUUACUGCUUCGAUGAGCGACGAUAGAGAAGAAAGGGAAGAGUCUGUUGAUAUGUUACUGCUGUUCCGGGACGGUAUGCUGGAGCGACGAGCGUUCAGCUUGGAAAAUGCAAUGGAUUGUUCAAGUGUGUCAAGAUGGCACAUGAACGCAAGUCGUGUGGCCGUUCACUACUUUAGUAACAAUUUUUCUGAUGCUUGUUUGGUCAAAGUUCAUAUAAUCUCGAUGCCUUACAUCCUCGAGACAUGCUUUGGACUGCUUGUGGCGUUUGUAAGCUCACCUCCCGGUUCUUCCACGAACACAACAGUCAAGUAUGUCCUAUUUCAAUUCUCGCUUGAUGUUGUGGAUGCCAACGUCUCGUCCAAAUUUGCAUGGGCAUGUCUAUUAGAUUUUGAGCCAUCAUAUGAUGAACAAAAUUCCGACCAGUAUUUUGAGGUGGAAAGUUUCACCAUAACGCGUGAUGCCCUGUAUUUCGCUUGGACGCAAAUGCAACCGAUCCAGCUUAUGGCUAUUCAUCUGCCACAGACUGGUCAAACCAGAGUACGCUCGACUGUAUUCCCGCUAGAGGGAGUUCAAGGGCAAACAGCUCUCGCGUUUGAAGCUCGUGUGGACCCUACUUCGUUUGACAACAAUGCCUUGAAAGGCUCAGUCUCUUUUUUGCUCAUUCACGAAGAUGCCAAGCCGAUUAGCGGGUCAGUUUGCAUGGCUACGGCAUCAGAUAUGAUGAAACUCGAAUAUUCUCCAGUCUUUUCCGAAGCAUCGAUGGAUAAGACACGCAGAGGGCGUGAAGAGGCAAACCUUCAUGCUGUCCAAUCGUCACAUGUGCUAGGCAAAAAUUUGAACGUUGACGAUUACAUUCGCUUGAUUAUGACGCAUUUUGUUGACGACCCCAAUUUGGCAUUGCCUUUGCGUGUGAAUUCAUUAGACGUGGAGUCGGUAGCGCAGGCUGCUCUGGCGGUCGACCUUCAGAUUUUGGAUGCCAAAUCAUCGUCUGGAUUGCGAUGGGGUAUGGGAGACAGUAGCGAUGCUUUGCUGCAUAACAAUGCAGUACAAAAGGAGACCGACGCUCCUUCAGUCACACCGAAAUUGGUGCGUUAUCAGCUGAAAGAAAAAAGCAACCGUCACAUCGCCUUUAUAGAAUUUCUUCAACGCCGCUGUGCGCCGGUCUGGGAUUUUUUAGCGAAAUCGGACGAUCUGAAGCGACAUCUGAUCGAAAACGAGGAGAAGCUGCAAGCUGCAAUUGCUUUAAGCAAGUUUCAAGCGUCAGUCAUGUCGUCGAGUUCUCCAGAAACCGAAGGAGCGCUAUCUGAGGUGAAGAGAAUUCAGCGUCGGUUUACUGGAAAAUUUCUUCUUCAUGCAAUCGAGAAGACUGUGGAAAAACGAGGGUAUCAGAAGGAGCAGCUGCGUCUUGCAGGCUAUAACUCGUUUGAUGUGUUUUACUGCGAAGUGAGCAGAAUUUCGGAGCUUUUUGCAAAUUUGGAUGAAGAAAUACAAGCGCUUGUGACCUCAAUCGGCGAAAGCGACCGAAACUAUCUCCAUGCUCUGUUAGAAAGCGGCUGUGCCAUACUCAGUAUGCUCUGCACGCCCGUGCAAAGUUCUGCAACCAGUUUUGCGCUGACUGGAAGUUGGGCAUUUACGCGUGAAGUGCGGAGCGUGCUAGCAAAUCAUAUUUCGCGCUUGUCUGUUCUUGUUGGAUUCUCGCAAGGAGCCACCAAUAAGCAACUUCGCUGGCAGCACGACGACGUCUUUGAUAUCACUGACCAAAUUCAAAAACUUGGCAUCGCAAUGCUUGAUCUUUACGCUCGAUUUAUCCCUCUUGUUUCUAGCGACGAAGCGGAAGAGUUGCGCAAGGAAGAAAGAUUAACAAAAUGUGUGACACUGAACCCUCUCGUCUACAUUGCGACGCAAACUCCGUCAUAUGAGAGUGAGAUUGCGCUUGACUGUGAUCAAGAUGGAGCAAUCACGCAAAAGCGAGCAAAUCUCUUUAGCCAAUGUGUCGAGUUUUGCGAAAAAUAUUUGUACUUUGAAGGGAUGAUAUUUUUGAUUUUCGUUGAAGACUCCGUGAACUUAUCCAAGCUGGACUGUGUCCUGGGCAAAUUGCCAAAAAGCCCUGCAUCCAAGAGAUUAGAGUCAUUCUGCAAGAAAUACGAAGGAUUUGAUCACUUUGUAUUUCAGUGGUAUAAUGGCGAAAUUCAAAACCCAUGGGCACAAAGCAACGAAGAAGUUGCUCAGACGACAAUGAUGGCAUAUUUGCUUGCUCACUCGCAGAUCUUCGCACCAUCACUUCACAAAUUCAUGAAGACCCGGGAGCACUUACACAAAUAUAGGUGGUUGACAGCUGUGUCACUCGAGCGGUAUGAUCAGGUGGCGACCCUAUCUCUUUGUGAGGCCAAGAAAGAGCAGCGAUCAUUGUCGAAGCGCAAAACAAUGACCAGUAUUGCGAAAAUCGCUGCCUGUGCUUCAUCUAACUUGUCGCAUUCAAAAAUUAUUCAAGAGAUUAAUGACGAGCUUCUUCGUAAUAAGCUUCAAGAGCUGCUGCUGCAGCUGCCUUUGAAGAAACCUAUCAACCCGCACCCGCUAUUACCUAAAGAUUUGGUACAUGCAUGCUUAGCGUCAGCAUUAUCUACAGAAAAAGAUGACCCAAUGAGAAUCAACAUAUUUCUCAUGGCUCUUGAGGUGUUAGAGACGAUAGCAACCGACCCGAUAACCGACGAGUACAAAGAAUUGCGUGCUGGUGUGUGGCGAACCUGCAUUGUCGAUGACGCCGAGCUGUGGGACAAUAUAGCAGCAGAAUUGGCAGGUGUGAAUGAGGAGACUUUAGAGUCGCUUAUGCGUCAGACCCUUCUCUACCAAGUUAUGACGGAGCAUUCAUCGCAGAGUACACAAGGUGCUGAAUCAAGGGCAGCUUUGACAGUCGAGGUCAUUCGAGAGCUGGUACAUCGCGAGGGCGACGUCGACUCGAUUGUGAGCGUCCAAAGUCAGCAGCUAUUGCUCAAAACGCUGCAUUUGGCGAGUCAUUAG